AUGCCCGCCGACGAGGACCCGGCCGCUACUCUGGCCAUGCUCGUGUGUAGCGCUGACAGCGCGCGCGCCAACCGCCGCCCGCGCUCCCCCGAGCGGCGGUCGCGCGCGCCCCCUGCGCCCCCCGCACCCUCCAGCCUCGCACCGCCAGCUGCGCCUGCGUGGCUGCCAGGUGGCACCACCUACGCCGAGAUAGUGAAAGGCCACGGCUCGCGUUCUGCCUCGCCAAACGAGCGACCUAUGCAAAGAUUGCUAUGCGAAAGGGACAUAAGAGAGCGAUCCCCGUCCGGAGACGCGAGACCCGAUGCUAGAGAUCAGAGUGAAAUUAUCAGUGCAGUGCAACCUCACUCGCCGACAGAUUACCCGGUCGAGCCGAGUGAGCCGAAAGGUUUUAGUGAGAUCGUGUGUGAAGUCAGUGAAUCUUUAUCGUCCUUUAGCGAUCCUUUCGUUGGAGAUGCAAACGUUUACUACGAAACGGAGACAAGCGAAAUACACGACUAUUACUCUGAACAGCCCCUUAAGCACGAAGAGAGUGAAAACAUACCUAUAUUGCAAGUCUCCCCUCAGACCGAAACGAGUCCGACUCGAUCGGUUAAGGAAAAUCGGUCUCAUGAGCUAUCAUAUGCAGAAAUAUUAGCGUUGGGUUUGCGUAAGCAAGUAAAGACGCAAAGUAUUACUUCGUUGCCAAAACCACAGGUAGCUCAAGUCGAAAUGGUAAAAGAGAUUGUUGUCGAAGUGGAAAAAAGUCCACCGGUUUCAUACGAACCUAAGACUAAAAAUUCGUUAAAAAUAAAAACGGAAAGACCUCAGCGGCCCUCUCAGCGGAGCCGAUCGAGAGAAAUACCAAGACAGCGUAGAGCUCCUGAAAAACGUCCUACUAAGGCUCAUGAUAUUCAGAUGGCCAAGAAGAAGAAAUUGACAAGAAAAGUAAUAGAAGUUCAAGAUUUCGAUGAUAAUAUAGAGUCGGUAGAAAUAGAGCAGCCAUGUCUUCAAAUACUACCACAGAAAUUAACAGAGGAAAUUGUAUAUAAAAAGGCUGAAGAACAGUCAGAGAAGGUAGAUGAAGAGAAUGAAAAAGAAACUGAUAAAAAUAAUAAAGAAAAAACUAUGAUAGAAGAAAAUAUGUUUGAAGCAGAACAAAAGAAACCAAAAAAGAAACAUAAGUCAAAGAAACCAAAAAAUACUGAAGAUGAAAUAGAAAAAGCACUCAAAGAAAUUGAAGAGUCAGAUAAACAUAAAAAGAAAAAAGUAAAAGAUUCACGUGAUAAAAGUAAAGAUGGAAGUGAAAGUUGUGAUAUAUCACACAUGACCGUAGAAUCAAAUGUAGAACUGAAAGAUACUGAGCCUGUUACAAGCAAGAAAAAGAAAACUAAAAAGUCUACUAUUGAAACUGAAAAUCUUAAUACAUUAACAAAAAUUGAAGUGCCGUCGAUAAAUGAAGUAAAAGACGCAAACUUGCAAGAACAAGACUUGAACAAAGAUGAAAAAUUGAAAAUGGAAAAAUCUAAUUCAAUCAGAAUAGAGAAGGACGAAUCGUCUGAAAAUAUUAUUGCAGAAAAUUUACGCAUAGAACCGUCAGCUUCAGAAAGUAUUUCACAAGAACACUUUUCAAUUGAAAAAGAAAAUAUACAAAACGUAGAAACUGGAGUAAUGAAGCAAAAAAAGAAAAAGAAAGGUAAGAAAAGUGAUUCAGCGUCUGAACAAAAUAUCACCGAGUACAAUGAUUCUGUUGAGAUAAAAAAUAUUCAACAGCAUGCUAAAGAAAGUAUCGGAGUUAAAGAAAAAAAUUGCGAAGAUAAUAAAACUUGGGGUGAAUAUUUUGCUAAGUCAGUUGAUAUUGAAAAACUUACUCGAGACAAUGCGAUCGUAUCAGAUCACCUAAGUGAGACAAAAAGAAAAACAAAAUCUAAGAAACCGAAUAAUAAAGAUAAGCAAACGCCAGAAAAUUAUAAGGGAGAAGUUAAAGAGCCUGAAAUGCUGACACUGGAAGAACAAUCUUCUACAGAUAAUAGGCCACAUAAAAAGAAAUCUAAAAGCAAGAAAGUUAAAUCCAAUGUAGACGAUGAAAUUGAUAGAGCAUUAAAAGAGAUUGAGCAAAUAGACAAAUCAAAAUAUACUAAGGAUAAAAUUUCCAAGUCUAAAGAAUCUAAACAUGAAUCAAAUAUUGUACAACAGCAAAUAGAAACGACUACUGAUUCGUCAGUUAGCUCAGAUAACAUUACGGUAAAAUUACAAACAGACUUGGAACCAGUAAGCAAAGAUAUACCAGAUACUGUUAAAAGUAGUAUAAUAACAAUGGACUGGAAUACAUUAAUGGCAGAGGACGACAAAUUUUCAGAACCUGCGUUCGAACCAGUCACUAUACCUGAACAAGAAAGUGACAUCGAAGAAACAUGUACAGAAUUUAUUGCAUCGGAAGUAACUAUUUUACAAGAAGCGCCUAAUGUUCUUAAAAAUACAAACAAAGAAUCGCAACAAAAAUCUCUUGAAGUUGAAGUUAGUCCUGAUAUACUCGAGGAAAUAAACGAAAGUAUUCCGACAGAAGUAAAAGAACCGGUAGCUGUACACAUUGACACAACAACUACUUCUACAAGUGAACAAAAUAACAAUGAUAAGUUCUUUUCAACAGACACCCGUAAAGGAAGUCCAGUUAGUAUUGUUGAAGAAAUUACUUACUAUAAACCCAUUGAACAAGAAGAAACACGUAAAAUCUAUCUUAUUACUCAUGAAGAGAAAAAGCUCCCACCAAUAAGAACAGUUAAAGUUUUUAAUAGCAAGAGUAACUCUUUAGAAGAACCAUCUUUAGAACAAAAUGUAGGUGAAAAAACUAUUGACGAAACGAAAGCACAAGAAAACGAAGCGUUAGAGUUAAAGUCUUCUGAAAUUGCAGAAGAAAUCAUUGAAUCAAUAUCGAAGUCAAAGGAAGAUGAGUCCUGUGUUGCGUUAUCGGAAAAAUUGAUUGAAAAAGAAAUAAGUUUUAGUGAAUCUAUAGAAAGCACUAAAGAUAAUUGCAAUGACAAAAUGGGAGAAAAUAUUUUAGGAAGUGGACCACAAAGUCAAUAUGAUGUUGACACAGUUUCAGAGUCAAUAAAAUAUACUGAUGCUGUAUUGAAUAAAAAUGAGCAAAUUAAUGACUUAAAUCUGGCUCUACAUGCUGACGAUUCCGAAAAUAUUCUUAGUGUACCUAUGCAAGGCGCUGAUGAAGAGCAAGAAGAUAUUCUAGAGCAAGUUAUAUUUGGCUCAGUACAAGAACGAAAAAAACCUGUAGACAAUAUAAGGUUUUCUCCAUAUUUGGAGUUGAAUGCGGAAGUUAAGCCUUAUGCCGUUGAUCUGGAUUAUCAGCUUUUAGAUUUAAAUUAUUAUCAAUUACUUCUAAAAGAAAAAGCAAAUUGUUCAAAACCUGAAGAAACACAAUCACUAAACCUAACGAUUAAUGACACAAAACAAAGAAAUGAUAUUCACCCAGAAGAAUAUAAAAUUGAGAUUAUACAAAAGCAACCAAGUGCGCUUUUUAAAGAAAAUGAAGACAAUGGCGAAAACAAACUAAGUGAUUGCACACAUAUUGCGUCUAUACAAAAUAGCAUACCAAACUUUAAUUAUCAAGAACUGCAGGAUUCAGAACAAAAAUAUGCAAUGUUGUUAACUACUAGUUCUCCAACAAAUUUCGAUGAUGAUAAAUCAAUUUCUGUUGGUAUUCUGCCCGAAAAUAAUGUCCAAAGCAGUGAACAAAUAGAAAAUACAAAACUUGUAAAUAUGUUAAUAUUAGAACAACCGAGAUACGUUUAUUAUGAUAUUGCUGAUGGUGAAAUUAAAUUAGCUAUUAUAAAAUCAAAAGAAAUACUCAAAAAAGAUUCAAUAGAAAAGCCAGACAUUUUCGUUGUUGGCAAACAAGAAGAUUCACAUACAACUGAAAGUGUGGAAGAAAUAGUACCUGCCAUGUUUAAAGAUAACGUCAUAUUAUCUAACACUUGUGAAGAUAAAAACAACGUAAAUAGUUUACGUACAGAGUCCAUAUUAGAACUACCAUCUCAAAAUUAUCAAAGUAUUGCUGACGCCGAACGUAUAUUUGCUUUAAGCAAAGAAUCACAUCAAAAAAUUGUUCAAGAAGCAGAGAUUGAAGUUCCUACCCAAGAAGUAUUAAAACCUGUCAUUCACGAAACACUAAAAUACAAUUACCAAGAAAUUACAGAUGCCGAGAAAACUUUUGGCAUUAUAUUAUCUCGUGAACAAAGUCCAGAAACUUUGACUUUAACAGAAUCCGAUAAUGUUGUUGAAAAAGUCAUUAUCGACGAGAAACAAUUAACUUACGAACAACCACUUAUUCAGAAUCCCCAACAAUUAACAAAUAUAAACACUAAACUGGAAGAAAUUACAACAGAACCUUGUCAAGUUACUCGUGAUUUAAAUAUUAUUGAACAAAGGGUUAGUGAAGUACAAAUUCAACCGUCUCUGUCAUUUGAAACUCCAAGGCAUAGCUAUCAAGAUCUUGCUGAUGCUGAACGCUUACUAGCGUGUAACAAGACUAAAGGAAUGAGCAUAACACCUGCAACAAAUGCUGUUGAGAAAGAUUUUAAGCGAAUUAUUGAUCCAACCGCUGAACCUUUAACGACAAUGAACCCUAAUGAAUUAUUACAGUCUUGUUCUACAUCGACAAUAACAAACGCAAUUGUAGACACAGCUGUUCUUGUUUAUCAUGAAGUGAGGGAUGCUGAAAAAUUAUUGGCCACAAGACUAAGUCAAGAUGCAAGUGAUGUUAUUUCAGAAAUCAAAACUCCGCAAUUUAAUGAAAAUACUUGUGACAUAAAACAACACAUAUCUGUUGAGGAUGGAAAUACUAAGCUAGAUUCUGAGACCAAAAGCAUAUGUGAUAAAUUUGAAGACGUUCAAAAGCCUGAAUCUGGCCCUAAAGAAGAAUCUUCUUCUCUUCAAAGCGUUUUAAAUAAUAAAAAAGAUUCUAAAGUAGAUGCAAAUGAUCACCUACUGAAAAUCGUUGAAGAGAAAAAGGUUUUGUUACCACCAAAGACUGAGACAGCUUGUAGUAAAGAUACAAUUCUUGAACAACGAGAAAAGAUUGUGCCCGAAAAAACAGUAAUUGAUUAUACGAUCGAUUUUAUUAGUAAGGAAUCUAAAAAUGAAGAAUUCAAAGAUACGAUAGAUUACGAAAUAAUUAACGAAAAUGAAAAAUUGCAUCAAACAAGUAUUGAUGAAGCUGUUGAAAAUCAAAUGAAACUAGAGAAAAUAGGAAAUACAUCCAAUAUAAAAAUAGAGGAUAUUACGGAAUCACUUGUGCCCAUAGUUUUUGGUAGUGAUCCUAGUGAUAAAGAUAUAUUACAAAUGAAAGAAACAAUAAUACCUGAAGAUAAUAUACACACUCUUACAUCUAUAGAUACAGAGUUGGUUGUAAAAGACAGCGAUGAUGACGAAUUUGUAGUUGUAGAUAUAAUAGGAGAUAAUCAAGAUUCGUUUGGCAGUGAUAAAGACACUAACUAUGGAAAAGAAAAGAUAGUUGAAACGAGUUCUUCAGAACUAGUAGAAGAUGCAAUUAAGUUAAUCGACGAAACAAUUGAAGACGUUACAUCUGGUACUAAUACGCUUGACAAUAUUAUGCAGAAAAACGUUUCUUUCGGCAGCGCUAUUGAUUUCACCGAUGAAUCGAAAACAAUUCCUGACCAAAUUGAAAAUCUUGAAAGUAACGUUGACAUUGAAGCUGAUUAUGAAAUAAUCCCGGAAGUUUGUUCACUCCAACGUGAAGAAGAACUAUUACAAUUUUCACCCAGUAAAACUAAACCUUCUGAUAAGCCUGACUCUAUCUCGGCUACAUUUAUCGAAAGUGAAAAAACUAGUACCUUGUCUAUAUCUGAAACUUCUAAUAUUCGACCCGUUGAUACGCCUAGCCCACCUAAUGAUAUAAAAAGUACGGAUUCUAACCUAUCACACGAUAUUAAGAGAAUAAGCGAUGAAUUUACUAAACCUAAUACUAAUGUUACGGAUGCAGUUCGAACUGAAAAAUCUCCCAUUCACAGCUUGCAUGAUCUACUCCCUGAAAUAGACUCAAUUCCUGAAUUUAAACCUUCCUUUUCAAAUACUGUUUUGUACUCUAAUUUGUCAGCUGAUGCACCAGAAUUCACACCUUCUUAUAUGUACCAAUCAGUUGAGGCACCUGUUUCUAAGAUUAACUCGCCUAGUACUCUUGGCGACACAAAAGAUUCAAAAAGAACAGAGGAAGACAGUAACACUGAAAAAACAGCCUUACCGUUGGAUUCAGAAAAUGUAUCAGGACCGUCUAAUACUACAUAUUCAACAGUAGUACCUAGCAGUCUAAAAGAACAAAAGGAAUCUCAUCUAAUUGAAAAAGAAGUAUUACAAAGUUCAGCAAAGGAUGUAGAUCAAGUUUCUUUAGAAGAACAUAGAGAGAUAGAGAUUAAAUCGAAACGAAGCAAGAAAAAGAAAAAAGAGCAAGACAAAAAGGUGGUAUCUAAAAUACCAAGCAACAAUGCCGAAAAAGAUCAAUUACCAAAGCUUGUAGAGGUGACACCUGUUUUGGAGCCUGUCAAUGUUUGGGCUAAAGCUGCAGAAGAUGGAAAAUCAUAUGCAGAAGUAGUAGCUGAAGGACUUGUUGUUGAACAUACAGAAAUGGAAAUAGAUCACCCUUCAGUUGAGAAACCUAUUGAGUUUUUAAAAGAAACCAGUGAAAGCCGUAUAAACGAAUUAUGCCCAGACACUCCAAAGGAUACUGAAGAAAAUGUCAGUUCCUGGGCUAAAAUUGUUGCGAGUAACAGACCUUCACCCGAAAGAAUACAAAAAUCAGAAACUAUACAUACAGAGGUUACUCAAAUGCAAUCAUAUAAAGCUCCUGUAAUUUUAGUUGAUGAAUCUGAUAACGAUGUUCACAGAUCAGAUGUACAAAUUGAUGCCGACGGAUUUAUUAAAGUGGAUAGAAAUCGAAGAUCAAGGUCUAGGUCUAGAGAACGUCGAUCAACGUCGGUUUCCAAGACGCACCAACAAAGCUUAUUUGUUCGUGAUAAGUCGGAAAAUAGAUUCGAUGCUUUGACAAGUACCUUAAAACCCGAAGAUGAAUGCGUUCAAAGUAGUUUAUCUGAUGAUGAAAAACAAGUAGUUGUAAAGUCGAGGAAAAGUCGAUCCUCAAAAUCUAAGGAAAAGGAAGUCAAACUACCUUCUCAUACAAUUUUAAGUACAUCCGAUGAAGAAAGACAGCCCUUGAAAAAAGAUAAAAAGAAAAGAUCAUCGAAAUCAAAAGAAAAGACUAUUACGAAUGUUAAAAAAGCUGUAGAACCGAAGUUAGAAGAUCCAAAGGAAAAGGAAAAUGUAGAAAAAUCUUUGUCUUUACCAGAAUCAGCUGAAAAACAAAAGAAAAGUAAGAAAAAGAAGAAGGACAAAAAGCCAGAAACUAAAGCUGAAACUGCUGAAUCAACUGGUACUGCUUCUAUCGUGGAAAUAAGUUCAUCGGAACAAGAUAAUACUGAUCAUAUAGAUGAGCCUCAAAGUUCUAUAAAAACUGCAAUAUCAACGCCUGAGUCACUACAGACACCAAUUAAAGACAGACUAUAUUCAGAAGCUCAAUUUUGGAAAUUUACUCCUAGUGAGUUGGGCGAGUUAAGUAGUUUGUCUGAAAGCUUAAUCGUUGAAGUAAAGGAUGGAAAAUAUGAAAAAGCUAAAUUUGUUGAAAGUGAAGAUCCGCCCGAUUCGAAAAGUUUUGAAGAUAACACUAGAAACGUAGAUAAAAGCGUUAAUUUAACAGAAAACGUCAUUGAAGAAAAUGUUUCUGAAACUGAAACACAAACCUGCGUAUUAGAUGAAAAAUUCUCUGAUGAACAAUCGUUGGAAAGUAAAAUAGCAGAUAUUCAGCGAGAAAUUGAGGAAAUGUUAUUACCUGAAAAUGAUAAUUCAGCUAUGAGCGAUGAAAUACCCAUCGAACUCACCGAAACUAACGAAUUGAACGAAGAUUUGCAUGACGAAAUGCUUGAUAAUAUGAGUCCUUCGUUAGCUUCUCCAGAACCAGACGAAUUUUCAAUACAAUCGAAAUCAUUGAAAAACGACGAUGGUUCUGAUUUACAAAUUGUUGAGCAUAUCGAUGUGAGUAUGAUCGAUUCAGUGUUGGAUGAUUCGGAAACAGUUAAAACCACAUCAGAAAAAAUACGAGACAAUAAUACACAACAAAACGAAUUUGUUGAAAGUUCCUUGAAAAUUGAGGAAAAAGAAGGUAUAUUGCCUCCGGUGCCACAGAAUGCAAAAACGGGCACACACGAAAUUGAAACAUUAGAUACUAUAACUAAAACUACCCCUGAAACAUUACCUACUAACAUUGUAUCCAAUAUCAUUACUAACAACUUAACAAAUCUUAAAUCUGACGAAUUUUGGUAUGACAAAUUUGCGAUCGAUGAUGCUGAAAAAUUACUUAUUAUACAAAAUACUAAACAAAAAUCUGAACUUGAAAAUGUUGUUUCGGCAAGUCAAUACGUUAAUUUAGAAUCUAAUCUUAAAAAUGAUAAUUCGUUUUGGCCUGAAAAACAUAUCUAUCAUGACGCGGAAUGCCAGUACUUCAUUUCAAUUGCAAAUAAGAAUAAGACCUCUAUGACUGUUCCGACUGAAACACUAGUUAAAGAUCAAAAUGAUAAGGAUCGUGAUCCCGAUGGAGGUUCUGGUCACUCUUCCGAAUCGGAAGAAAAAGAGUCGCGACAGUCGAGCUUGCCUUACGAUUCUAAUUACAUAUCCAUGGACCUCCCCGGCGGAAUAUGUAGUUGGAAAGAUCACAGUUCUUAUUUAAGCGUUGAGACACCUACCGAUUCUUUACUGGGUACGAUAAACGAGGAUACAUCUCAAGUUGAUAUCGACACCUCAGAGGAUACACUAACAGCCCCCUCCCUCGAGCCUGUUACCCUCCCCGCCCCCACACAGGAGGAGCCCGCAGAACAAAGGAUCCGGAAGGCAGCCAAGGUGACUGAGCUACAGUCGUAUUGUAAAACAUUACACUUUUUAAUUUAUGUUUGGCAUGAUAUUCUCACAAAAUUCUUAAUUUCACUUAUUACAAAAAUUUGUAUUGUAUAUUGUCGUCUGCCAAAUCUGCCGGUCGUCUUGUAG